AUGAAUGACGCGUUACCGCCACCCCGCUCUUCUCCAGAACCGAUCGAGGAACUUGCUCGACUUGCAGGAGAACGGAUGGAGCAAAACCAAGCUAUGGACAGGAAGCAGCGGUCCUCUUCUGCUGCUGGGGAGGACGAAUCUGGGGAUGUUGAGGGGGAGAGAACACAGAACAAGCAGCGGCGCAAAAGGACGACGCCCCAAGACCAAGCUAAACUCGAGGCGGAAUAUAAGUUGAAUCCCAAACCGAACAAAGCUGCACGCGCCGAGAUAGUAAAAAAUGUGUCGCUCAACGAGAAAGAAGUGCAGAUAUGGUUCCAGAAUCGACGACAGAUAAAUCGGAGAAAGUCGCGUCCACUACUACCACAUGAGAUUGCAGCUUUUGGACUCGGAGGAAUGCCCGCCUUGUCUUCGGAUCCUGUAUCGUCAUCGUCUUCUAGUGGUCCGGAAAGCGAGGAGAAUGGUGCUGGGUCAAAGGAGGUCGCAGCAAUUCAAGAAGACGUAGCAAGUCAUGCACUAGAACUUGUCGAACCACGAAAUGCAAAUGGGAAUGUGGAGGAGGAACCUGAGUUAGAAGUCAUACCUUCGAGCCAAGUAGACCCGGAUCUCCGGGAAGACCUCAAGGAGCAAGCUGAUGCGGUUGUGGAGGCUAUGAGCAACCCCAACAGCUCCUCCUCUGACAACGUCUCCAAGUCGUUCUCGUCAACGCCUGGUUACUUGGCCAAUCGGUGGAAUACUAUGCAUAGCUCUUUUUCGACGCCAUCAGCAUCCCAAGUACCAAUCGCCACGACACCUCCAGUUGCCGCAAUAAGUCAACCAUCAUCGUGUCCCGAAAGACUUGAGAGCUCUCAGCGCACUCCAUCCUCUCGUGUGCGUUUAUCGAUGUCUCUGGACGGUAAAGCAGAACUUAUUGAAGGGGAAUCAUCGCCGUCGCCACCCCGAGCAAUUGCUCCACGUCCGACCUCCUCCUCCUCUUUCCUUCAGCGGAAUAGAAGAACGCUCCAAAGAAGUCAAAGUGCUUUACCACUCACUUUCCCAAGACCUGACAGCUCGCCACCUAUUCCGUUCGCUCCUCAAAUGCCCUCAGGUCGCUCUAGAGAUGCUCGUACAUGGGAAUUCUGCUGUGAUGCAGAUGCUCAAGAUGAACUAACAACCCAAGCUGAAAGUGAGACAGCAGGAUCGGCUGUUGCUGCAAUAGGUCUACUUAGGUCGACAAGCAACUCUGGACUAAAACCAAGUAGCAACAAACGGAACGCACCGGCUACAAAACGAGAUGGUGGUGCAGCUGGAAAAAAACUCAAAUUGGGGAGGUCGACUUCAAGCGUGGCAAGGUUACAAAAUACUCCUAUGACAUUGAAGCUGCCACAACCGGAGAAGGACGUCCCGGCGAAGGAUAGUCUGGUACGAUCGCCUUCCGGAGAUUCCGACAAAGAGAACUGGGCUCCCCCCGAGAAUGGCGUUAAUUCUCGAAGACGACCAUUACCAUCGGGCAAAACUACCAAGCAAAGCGCUCCUCGGGCAGUCCUUGGUGACAACACUAAUGUACCAACACACGCUCUGAAUUUCGGCGGGCCCGAGAAAAGACGACGAAAGAACAAAAACGCGACUGUUGAGAUCCUCGAGGACCAGGAGAAUGUACCAAACGAAGGCGGCGAAGUAGAGAGCUUUAUGAAAGGUGCGGUUAGUCCGAGUAAGAAGGGUGAUUUGGACUGUGUUCAGGGGUUACUGUCUUUGAGUCAGGGUAACUGGCGGUAG